AUGGAUGGAUUUUACAGUGAUUCUCUGAAGAUAAACAUGCUCUUCAUAAGACAGGGCAAUGAUCCAUACGCUUCCACUUACAACCCAGGAUGGAGGAAUCACCCGAACUUCUCAUGGAAGGACAAUGGGGGUAAUGCCAACAAUCAGGCAGGUCCGAGCUUUCAGGGCGGACAGAGGCCACAACACAAUCAGGGCAACUACCAGAAUCAAGGGAACUUUCAGAAUCAAGGGAAUUUCCAACAUCAGAACAACCGACCGCAGCAUCCUCCUGGCUUCCAACAAAGAGAGCAAGGCGAGUCUCUCCACAGCAAGUUUGAUAAAUUGAUGGAGAUGAUGAUGAAGAAGGAUGCCGAGACGCAGCAAACAUUUAAAAAUCAUGCUGCCACAAUUCAUAACCUUGAGGUGCAGAAUCAGCAGAUGGCUAAAGCACUGCAAAGCAGAAGUCAGGGGGGUUUACCAUCCACUACUGAGGAAAACCCCAGAGAGCAUCUCAAGGCUAUUGAGUUGAGAAGUGGGAAAGCACUGGAUGAUCCAUAUGCAGGACGUGCUACAGUUGGGGCGGAAAAGGAACAGUGUGAGGGUGGUGAGCCUGAAAAGGUAGUUGCUAAACCACCUCCACCACCUCCUUUUGUGCCAAAGGUGCCAUUCCCACACAGAGUGAAGAAGCCGCAGGACACUUGGAAGUUUCACAAAUUUCUUGAAACUUUCAAGAAGCUACAGAUUAACAUCAGUCUGGCAGACGCAUUGAGAGAGAUGCCGCACUAUGCAAAGUUUCUCAAGGAGAUCAUCACCAACAAGCGGAGUUGGGAUGCAGAGGGACCAGUACCGAUGACAGAAAACUGCAGCUCAAUCAUAUUGAGCAGUCUACCGACCAAGCUUAAGGAUCCAGGAAGUUUCACUAUCCCUUGUACUAUCGGUAACAUGCAUAUGUUUGGUGAUCAACAGGUACAGGCUACGCCGAUGAUGUUGCAGCUAGCGGAUCACUCUCUCAAAAAGCCACAUGGGAUUGUGGAAGAUGUCCUAGUGAAGGUCAACAAAUUCAUAUUCCCUGUGGAUUUUGUUGUCCUUGACUACGCAGCGGACAAGGAGUGCCCGAUGAUAUUGGGGCGGCCAUUCAUGAACACUGGCAGAGCUCUUAUCGAUGUUCAUGAUGGAAAGCUGACUCUGAGAAUUGGGGAUGAGAGAGUUGAGUUUGACAUGAGAAAGAUCACACGCCAUCCCAAUUCUGGAGGUGAAUGCAUGCGGGUAGACAUGGUGGAUGAGUUAGUGGAAGAACAACUGGCAGAAACCAAUGCCAUCCUGCAGUCUAUGCCGAAUGAAAGGGAGGAGUACUUAGAGGAACCAGUCCUCGAACCACUGUUGAAAAGCAAGCACAUCACUCCUCCCUCCUCUGAGAAGCCACCAAAAGUGGAGCUUUAUAUCAAAAACUUGUCUUUAAUAGUCAAAUACGGGCUAAAACGUCAAUUUCGCCGGCUGCUAUCGAAGGGGGCACGACGUGCAGGAGUCAAGGGCACGUCGUGCCCUUCUUCAUUCCACACCGCACGACGUGCACAGCAAGACCGCACGUCGUGCGGUCCCAGUUUUCUUCAAGCACGUCGUGCUCAACGACGUGCUCUCCCAUCUCCAAAGUUCUGGACACUGGACCCUGACGUGCUCCCAACGUGCUCCCAACGUGCACGACGUGCACUUACAGAUUUUGGCUCCAAACCUCCGAUUCUUGCUUCAAAUGCUUCCCGAGUCCUCCGCAAGUCCAAAAUCACUCUAAUAAGCUCCGAAAUCAUCCGUUUUCAUGCAUAUACCUGA